AUGUAUCCUCGAGUCACCAAUUUGAUGAUGUUAGGAUGGCUUGUAAUUGCCGCCGCUCCUUUCGCCGCUCCCACAAACCCACCAGGAGCGGAUAGUAGUAUCUUGGAACUUACCGGAGGUUUGAAAGGAUCCACCCUUGCUUACUUGUUCACUUUUGACGAUCCUAACACUGGUGGCAAAGAUAGUAUUACUGUUACCUACACUACCCCCGUCACUGGAUGGGUCAGUGUGGGUACUAGUGAAACUGGACUCAUGAUUGGAUCCGAUGCUGUCAUUGGAAUCCCUGAUACUGGAGAAGUCAAGAAGUAUUCUCUCACUUCCUUGGCCUUGUCGGAUGUUAAACCCAUGCCAGACGACAAGCAGACCUUGGUCAAUGCGGCCAUUACGCAAGCCAACGGGUUUACAACUCUAACCUAUACCAAGAUUCUGGUCGAAGAUGGCGAGAUACCAAUCAAUCGCGUGGGAGAAAACAUUUUCAUUGCCGCUCACGGACCGUCCAGCACACUGGGUUAUCACUCCGCCCGCGGAUCCUUUAGCUUGUCUGGAAAGGUAAUUGAACGAGACGACUCAUUGUGGGUAGUUCACGGCUGGCUGGCUGCGAUUGCUUGGGGAGUGAUGUGCCCUUUGGCGAUUUUGGCCGGCUUAUUCCGCAAGUACAUUCCAGGACAGGGCACCUGGUAUCAGAUUCACCGCAUUCUGCAGACCCUGGUGAUUGUAUUGACCAUUGCUAGCGUGGCUGUCGCGAUUGCGGCUCUCAACAAAGAGACUCCAGCAAGCUUGAGCGCCAAUCACUUUAGCAGCGAUUUUUCUGAUGGUCAUCGUUUGAUUGGCCUUUUGGUAUUGAUCUUUGGCAUUGGACAAGCAGCCAACGGAAGCAUACGCCCGCACCUUCCUUCCAAGCCUGAACCCGAUGAUGACGAAGAAGGCAACCAAAGUACACCUCCACCGGCCGGCGAGAAGAGUGUUGCGCGAAAGUUGUGGGAAGUGCUUCACCGUUUGCUGGGAGUAGGGCUACUUGCAUUGGCCUGGUAUCAGGUUGAUCUGGGUAUCGUCUGGUACCACGAGAUCUUCAAUAAUGGGGAUUCGGAAUCUACGUUGAACGCCUUUUACGGAGUGAUUGGAGUUUUGGGAGCGCUCAUUGUGAUUGGUGUAGCCAUGAGAGUUUUGAUGGGCUGA